UGCCGACCCAAAUGGAAUCAGAUCUCCACCAACUCGAUUUUAUGGUUCUCAGUACAAGUUAAAUAUGCUACAUAUUACGACACAGACAACAAAAUCCCGGUGUACUCAGCCUACAAGUUUGAGGGUGUUGGUAACUGUGAUAGGAAAAAGUCAUGGUUUAUUGAACCUCAGCUUUACCAGCAAAAUGGAAAUAAAAACAUGGUACUUCAGGGAAAAGUACCGCACAGGAUAUGUGGAAUCAAACAGGCUCUGAAUAGAGACUACACAGGAUCUGGCUACCAUAAAGGGCACCUGGCUCCAGUCUCUCACACCAACACACAAAUCUGCUCUGAUGCCACCUUUACUCUCACCAACGCCGCCCCACAAGACGGUUCUUUCAAUGAAGGUCAAUGGCGGAAAGCUGAACUGGAAGUGUCUAACAUCCUUAAAAAUAAAUGUUUGAAUAGGGGUCUGUCUGCCUACUUAGUUACUGGUGUGGUACCAGGUAAUAAAAAUAUAAAUAACAGAGUGAACGUGCCCAGUUACUUCUGGACAGCCUACUGCUGCCUUGAUAACAAUAAGAAACCUAAAGUCUCAGGUGGUUAUUACGGAGCAAAUAAAAACGAGCCUGUGAAUUCUGUGUCAGAGAGUGAUCUCGAGAGUUUUCUGACAGGUGUCUAUGGAAAAGGUCAGUUCCAGCUGUUUGGUAUUGGAUGCAUGGAUGUGAAGCGUCAAGACAGGCCGGAGCAUUUUAAUUUGUUUUUGUCCAGGAUAAGAUCAGGCAUCAGGGAAGGUAAAGUCAAGCCAGCAAUUUGUGGAACAGAUUUUGAUUUUGCUUGUUCCAGGCGAAGAUCAUCUGACGAGGAAGAUGAUUUGGAUUUUCUAGCUAUAGGCCGAUAAUAAGGAGAUACCAAUUGCUUAGGUUGAACUAGUACCAGUUUAACCCAAAUAUGUAAAAUGAUUAAAGCUUAACAAACUAAUAAAACUCAGAAAUCAGUAAUGUGUUGAUCAACAUAA